CUGUAGCAAGGGGCUGGUUUGGGAGCAAAGCAAUUUCUCCGCAAAGUUUGCAACAAUGAGCCCGAUGAACGCAGGGAUGUGUCUGCUCUUGGUUGCACUGUCCUUGCCCCCAGUCAAAGGGAUGGGCAUUUAUUCUUACAGUCACGCUGAGUUCAGCUACAAGCGCAGUAACUGUAAGCUCAUCCCGAGUGCCCUGGCACUGUGUCACGGCAUCGAGUACCCGGAGAUGAGGCUCCCCAACCUGCUGGGACACGAAACCAUGGAGGAGGUGCUGCAGCAGGCCAGCUCCUGGAUCCCGCUGGUACAGAAGCAGUGUCACCCGGACACCAAGAAGUUCCUGUGCUCCCUCUUCGCUCCGGUGUGCAUCGAUGAACUGGACGAGCCGAUCCAGCCGUGCCGCUCGCUGUGCGAGCAGGUCAAGGAGAGCUGCUCACCCGUCAUGUCAGCUUUCGGUUUCCCCUGGCCUGACAUGCUGCAGUGUGAACACUUUCCGCAGGACAACGACCUGUGCAUCCCGCCCGCAGACUCCAAUCAGCACGGCCCACCGCCCAGAGAAGAACUAAAAAUCUGUGAUGCCUGCAAAGACAGAGAGCAAAACGACAAUGAAAUUGUCGAGAAUUACUGCAAAAACGAUUUCGCUUUGAAGAUAAAAGUGAAAGAGAUUUCCUACAUCAAUGGGGACACCAAGAUCGUCCCCGAGACCAAAAGCAAAACUAUUUACAAACUGAACGGGGUGACCGAGAAGGAUCUGAAGAAGAGUGUGUUGUGGCUGAAGGAUGGCCUUCAGUGUACCUGCGAUGAGAUGAACGACAUCAACGCCCCUUACUUAGUGAUGGGUCAAAAACUGGACGGCAAUCUGGUCAUAACCUCGGUGAAGAGAUGGCAGAAAGGGCAGCGGGAAUUCAAGAGGAUCGCUCGGAGCAUCCGUAAGCUGCAGUGUUAAACAGCAGUUUGUUUGCAGAGUGUCAUAUUCAAAACCCCGCCGCUCUCCUGCCUUCUAUCCUCACUCCCCAGCCACCGACCACAGGCCCGUCACCACCUGACGCAUCCCACACCGUUUACGCUUUGUUAGUAUUCGCUGUAUGAUAUAAACCGCGGUAUCACCGACCUUUGGAAAUGCACAUUCUUCUCACUAAAUGGCGUCUAAACUGAAAUUCCACAAAUCUAAAGUUGCGAAACGAGGGCCCGUUAAAAAAAAGAGUCAGUUCCGUUGUAAUUAACAUCAUUUGGUCAAAAACAAUGCAUUUUCUAUUGCAUAAACGACUUCCAUUUGGAGUUCUGGUGUACAAGUGUUGAUGUCGUGCACACAUAUAGACUCGUUGAUACCAAUGACUAUUUGGUUAAACAAAUUAAGGCCCUCAGUUUUACGUUGACACAAAAUUCAUUUCCAAAACUUUGAUUUUUAAAUGAAAGGAAAUCUUUGAUCAGUUA